AGGGGUCAUGUGGGUGGGGCCUCGGAGGCCGGUGAGGUGGACCGAGAAACCAAGUACAAAAACUCUGCCUCUCUUUCUCUCUCCGUCUCCCUCCGCUUCAGCGUUCCAGCGAUCCACAGCCGACCUCUUUUCCAUUGCCUCAGCAGCCCUAACGGACAACAUGAGUUUCAGGUCCUACUCCAUGCAAACCAGUGCCAUGCCAUCCGGCAACAUCACCAUCAACCGCUCCGGGUAUACCCCCACCCACCGGGCGGCCAGCACCUACGGCGGGGCGGGGGGCUACGGGACCAGGAUCUCCUCCGCCUCCUACUCGGGCGUGCGCAGCUCUGCGGCUCCCGGGGCCUCCUUCUCCUCCUUCCAGAUGAGCGGCGGUGGUGGUGGGGCCGCCGGGCUGGGCGCGGGGGCCGGAGCCGCGGGCAUGGGCCUCAGCGCCGGAGGGGGCGGCGGGGCGAUCCUGGGCAACGAGAAGGGCGCCAUGCAGAACCUGAACGACCGGCUGGCUUCCUACCUGGAGACGGUGCGCAGCCUGGAGCAGGCCAACAUGAAGCUGGAGGUGCAGAUCCGCGAGGCCAUGGAGAAGGGGGGCCCCGACGCCCACGACCACGACCGCUACAGGGAUGUCCUGGAAGACCUGCGCAAACAGGUCUUUGAUAAGACGGUGGAGAAUUCCCGCCUUGUGCUCCAGAUUGACAACGCCCGCUUAGCAGCAGAUGACUUCAGAGUGAAAUUUGAGUCUGAGCUGACCAUCCGGAAGUCGGUGGAGGCCGACAUCGCCGGGCUGAGGAAGGUUAUCGACGACACCAACAUGGGCCGUCUGAACCUGGAGAGCGAGGUGGAGGCCGUGACUGAGGAGCUCACUUUCCUGAGAAAGAACCACGAUAACGAAGUCCAGGAGCUGCGCAAUCAGAUUGCUCAGUCGGGAGUUCAGGUGGAUGUGGAUGCUCCCAAGGGCCAGGACAUGUCUCAGGUCAUGGAGGACAUGAGAGCAAACUAUGAGAAGAUGGCGACCAAGAACGCAGAAGAGCUAAAAGCGUGGCACGAAUCACAGAUCUCAGUCGUGCAGGUCCAGGUUUCUCAGAACACAGAGGCUCUUCAGGGGGCACGGACAGAACAUGGUGACCUACAGAGACAAGUUCAGACACUGGAGAUUGAACUCAUAUCACAGAAGAACUUGAAAUCUUCCCUAGACGACACUUUGAGGGACAUAGAAAUGCGCAACAACAUGGAGAUGGAGAAGUACAACAACAUCCUGCUGCAGGUGGAGGCAGAGCUCACAAACCUGCGUAACAACAUCCAGCACCAGACGCAGGAGUACGAGGCGCUGCUCAACAUCAAGGUCAAGCUGGAGGCCGAGAUCGCCACCUACAGGAGCCUGCUGGAUGGCGGGGACUUCAGGCUCCAGGAUGCUCUGAGCAUGAAAGAUGGAAAAUGAAGACCAGCUCAACGCCUGGAAACCUCCAUAACACCGUGGCCUGGACAAGCACCAAAACUAGAAGAAUGUCCUGACCUUUCCCACCCCUUAGGUCCUAAUAAACUCUUUCAUGCACUUACACCCUUUCAUCCUACGUCCAAUAAAAAUAACCCUCUUUUUCACCUCCUGUGAUGAUAGAGUCAAUACAGUGUCUCCCUGUCAUGUUCAUAGACUGGAACAUCGGAGUCAGAACAUCCUCUAGUUUUUCGAAUGUCAGGUAUACCUUCCUUGCCAGUCUGCAUUCAAUAAAAAUUGUCCU